AUGGCAACUUCGCAGGGCCUAGCUGCAUUCCUUCCGCCUCCCAGGCCAUCCAGAUGCCGCGAAGCUCGUCUCCUGCACGAGCCUGCUCGAGAAAGUUCUGGGCCGACGUCGUCAGUGGCUCCGUGCAGCCCCGCGCUGGCAGCUUCCCUCUCCGAGACGUGGAGCACAGCUUCGGCAGAUGCUCCGGAUGUAACAGACGCCAGAGCCACACCUGCCCGCACGUUGGCACCUUCAGCCGCGCCUUCCCCGGCGCCUUCCCCGGCGCCUUGCCCAGUGCCCUCGCGUCGCUUGCCAGCCUCACCAUGCCUUGCAGCGAAGAACAUCUCCUUGUCACCUUCAGAGCCUUUCGUGGCAAUUCCAACCUCGUGGGACGAGACGGAGAUCACGACGACCCAGCACGCGCAGCCAUUCGAGGAGCCCCUGGCUGGCACGCUUUUGGCGGAGGUCGCACAGGACGAGCUGGAUCAAUUGCGUGCAGAGGAAAGAGGCCUGCGUCGCCUUUGGCUGCAGCUGCAGGCUCCUUCGCAAGGCCAGCGAGGAGGUUCCCGACGUCAAGCAGAAGAAAGCUCCGCGCCAACUCUCCCAGCCGAGGCUGCUGGAACCGAGGAUGUGCCCGAGUUGCAGCUGGCUGAGCAGGAGCUGCUCCGCCUCUCGCGGCAGGCCGAGUGCCAGGAGCUUUGCCAAAGACGCGAAGCCGAGGAGUGGCGACAGGCCUAUUGCGAGGCGCGAGAUGCGGCCUCGAAGGCACGUCGUGCCGAGGCGGAGUCACAAGCUGAACUGCAGCAGCUGGAAAAAGUCGUCGGCUCGCUGCGCGAAGACUUGGACAAGGCGCGGGCCGACCUUGAGGAUGCCCGCGCUGCCUGCCGGGCCACGGAGGUCCGUGUCGGGGCGGAGACGCGGCGCCUCAAAGAGGAGGUUGCCGAGGCUCGUCAGGCAGCAGCAGGAUGGCUACCUGCCGAGCCCUGGUUCUCAGAGACCUCCGAUUCAUUCGAUGCUGCUUCAGCCCAAGAGCGCGAGAGCUGCCUUCGCACGGAGCUGGCGGAGCUCUUCGAUCGUGAGGCGCGUGCACGCUCCCUCCUGGAACGGCUCCGAGACCUUCGCAGCGAUGCGGCACUCCGCCUCCAAGAACGGCCCUUGGCAGCCUUGGCAGCAGCGAAGGAGAACGACAUCUUCGAGGACGCUUGUCCGCUCUUUACUAAGGCAUUUCUCUUGAGGUUUUUGGUGGUUAAGAGGCAGGAGUCGGAGAAAGGAACUGUGAGGAACCGUUUCAGCAUGGUACAUGAGCACCCCGUCAGUGCAAAGCAGCCACUUGGCUCAUCGGAAACAAACCGACCAAGAUCUGUUUCUGCAAGGGGUUCCAGUUUUGCCUCCGAUCUGCAAGGCGGAAGCUGCGAGCAGGCAACUGAGGAGUACGCCCCAGAGGCCAACUCCUCGCGGCAACGCCUCCGUCUGCUACAGGAGCGAGCGGCCAAACUUCAUGCCAUCAAGGAGCAUCUUCAGCGGCUGAGCAGGCAACGACAAACAUCCAACGAGAUGGUGUCAGAUGCCCCGAAUCUCACAGAUUCUGGUUGCCCGAACUGCCCCGCGGAGUGCAGGGAGCCUCCGCCGCGCAUCACAAGAUGGCAAAAGCAGCCCCACUCGCAACAGAGUUUGAAGAGGGAGGUUCUGCCCACAUUUUGCCACGAUGUGCCUGAGCAUGGUAUAUGA